AUGACUCAACAAUAUGUUUUAGUUGUUGAUAAACAACUUUUAUAUGAUACUCCUCUUGAGUUCAUACGUUUUCAUCAUCCACGAUCAAAUUUAAUACAAUCAUUUGCCAUUGAUAAAAAAAAUAAAAUAAUAUUUGAAUUAAUCAAAUAUGAACAAAAAUAUUCAAGUUGGUUUGUUAAUGAUAAAAUGGUGAUUAAUAAUGGCACACUCUAUAUGACAACACCAGUGAAUAUCCUCUUUCUUAUGUUACCUGCAUUAUGGAAUACUCGUAUACAGUAUAUGUCUAUUGUUAAUAUUUUAAAAAUGAAUGAUGAAAACUUCGGUGAUUUUUAUCUAAAUUUUUUUACAAUUGAUUUCAUUAGUGAAAAAAUAUCAAUAAUCUGUGAUAUGAAUGAGAAACAAGAAUUUCAAUUAAAUGAACAAAAAUUAAUGAAAUGGCUUGAAGAACGUCAUCAACGUUUGAUGACAAAGGGAGAUUUAAAUAAUGCACAAGCAUUCGAUAUUAUUUGUGAAUAUUUAAAUGAUGAUUGUGUCGAACAAUUACAACAAUAUUUAAAAUUAAAAGAAAAUAGUUUUGUACACUAUGAGAUACCUACUGGACAAAAGAAUCAACCAAAAGCUACAGAAUUAAAAAAAGCCACGACAAUUGACAUAUGUACCACAAGAAAUAUAACAACAAUAAAACAAAAAUCAGAUUGCAUUUUUGCAAAACGUUCACAUAUUUGUGCUGCUCCAACAUGGGCCCAAAAUGAAUCAAUCGAACAAUACUGUGAACGACUUUUACCAACUUUUAUGAUUUUUUGUGCGUUUGUUCGCGAAGUAUCAUUUGAUGGUUAUGUUGUUGAGAUACCACACAAUGAACUAACUAGAACUAUCGAAGAUUUUGCACAAGUAUUUAAAAAGAUUUUAAAAUGUUUGUCUGACAAUGAUCCAGCUAAACGAUAUUGUAUGAAUUCGACAAAAAUCGAUAGUCGAGGAUGGGUAUUUGAAUUUGAUCGAAUAACAUUUUUUAUUACAACAUUCUCGCCACAUUAUCCAAAUAAUCAUCCACGUUAUGCUCAUGAAUCUAAAAAUUAUUGUCAUAUAUUAUUUCAACCAGAAUUAUCGUUUUUAAGACAUAAUUUAUCUGAUGAUACACCGUUGACUAAUUGGGAAAAUCCUACUACGGAUAGAGACAAAAUUCGUGUAUCAUUUCAAAAUCAUGAACGUUCAUAUCCAAUUCGAGAUACCAUUCACUAUCCAGCGGCACAUGAUAUGAUUCGACCGCUGAGCAAUGACGUUGAAAAUAUCGUUCAAUGGUGGUUAUGA